CCUUCCCUUCCCCUCCCUUCCCCAUCCCUUCUCUUCAACUGGGCUUUCCUGUCCACAGACAUGGAUGUUUUGCUGGGCUUUGUCUGUCACCAGAGUGUGCAGUGAUGAGACCGGUGGCCACGGCAGUUCAGCAAGGCUUCUUAGUGAAGGAUGGCAGAACGAGGGAACGCUUUGGGAGCCAGGGUGAAAAAGAAACGCGAUCAAACACCGCUCUCAGUUUUUUCCCAAAAGGGGGCAUCGAUGCAUGAGCUUACUGUUAUUUAAGCAGCCUCCAGGAAGCACCUCUGGCUUGCAUUUCUGACCAGACCAAAGGGCUGCUUGGAUUUCAAGAUGCUUAUAAAAGAGUAUCGGAUUCCACUUCCAAUGAGUGUGGAUGAAUAUAGGAUUGCCCAGCUGUACAUGAUACAGAAAAAGAGCCGAGAAGAGACAUGUGGUGAAGGCAGUGGUGUAGAGAUUUUGGAAAACAGACCAUAUACAGAUGGUCCUGGUGGCAAUGGGCAGUAUACCCACAAAGUAUACCAUAUUGGUAUGCAUAUCCCCAGUUGGUUUCGGUCUAUACUGCCAAAGGCAGCUUUAAGAGUUGAGGAGGAGUCAUGGAAUGCGUAUCCUUAUACAAGGACAAGGUAUACGUGCCCAUUUGUGGAGAAAUUCUCUAUUGAUAUUGAAACCUAUUACAUAUCUGACUCAGGAGAGCAAGCCAACGUCUUCAACCUUUCCCCUGCAGAGAAAAGGCAGACCGUUCUUGAUCCCAUUGAUAUUGUUAAAGAUCCCAUCCCUCCACACGAAUACAAAUCAGAAGAAGAUCCAAAGCUAUAUAAAUCAGUGAAGACCACAAGGGGUCCUCUGUCAGAAGACUGGAUCAAAGAGCACAAGAACAACCCUGGGAGAUACCCUAUGAUGUGUGCAUACAAGCUGUGCAAGGUGGAAUUCAGAUAUUGGGGGAUGCAGUCUAAAAUUGAGCGCUUCAUUCAUGAUGUUGGUUUGCGGAAGGUGAUGGUUCGGGCCCACAGGCAAGCUUGGUGCUGGCAGGAUGAAUGGUACGGGCUUACCAUUGAGGACAUCCGGCAGCUGGAAAAGGAGGCACAACUGAUGCUGGCACAGAAGAUGGCCCAGUUCAGCUGCAAUGAGAGCGAGCUGGAGCAGCACCUUCCCAAAGACCCUCUGGAUGAGAAUGAUACGGAAACAAAGGCCAUAUCUCCAUCCACCGAGGUGGUGGACACAGCUAGCAAUAUUGGUGAAGCCUUGCCAGGGAGAGUGCUGACCAAGCAGUGGUCGACGUCUUCCAAGUCUUCUUCAAAAAGAGGAGCAAGCCCCUCGCGCCAUAGCAUAUCGGAGUGGAGAAUGCAGAGCAUUGCAAGAGAUUCAGACGAGAGCUCCGACGACGAAUUCUUCGAUGCACACGAGGACUUGUCUGAGAAUGAAGAGGUGUUCCCAAAAGAAAUUACCAAAUGGAGUUCAAACGAUCUCAUGGAUAAGAUCGAAACCCCAGAAUCUGAAGAAGUACCAGACGAUCCAUGUCUUGAAUCGGCAGCAGAGUAUCAUGUUGGAUCCAGCGUGGAAAGGCUAAGCAUCAUUGAGGAUGAGGUUGUGCCUCCACUAGUGCAGCCAAGCAAGAUCCAUGUCCUGCUCUUGGUGCUGCAUGGAGGCAACAUUUUGGAUACAGGAAGUGGUGACCAGAGCUCUAAGCAAGGGGAUGUCAACACCAUAGCCACCGCCUUUGACACUGUCAUUAGGGUCCAUUACCCAGCGGCCCUUGGGCGCAUAGCCAUCAGAUUGGUCCCUUGCCCAGCCAUCUGCUCUGAAGCAUUUUCACUUGUCUCUAACCUCAGUCCUUACAGUUACGAUGAAGGCUGCCUUUCCAAUAGCCAGGAUCACAUUCCACUCGCAGCACUUCCUCUGCUGGCCACAUCGUCCCCACAGUACCAGGAGGCAGUUGCCACGGUGAUCCUGAGAGCCAAUCAGGUGUACAGCGAGUUCAUCAAAUCCCAGGAAGGCGCCUCAUUCAGCGGCCAGGUGUGUUUGGUUGGGGACUGCGUAGGAGGGAUCCUGGCCUUUGACGCUCUGUGCUACAGCAACCAAACCAUGUCAGAGAGUCAGAACAGUAGCCGGCGUGGGAGCGUUGUAAGUGUGCAGGACACUGACCUCUUGUCUCCUGGAAUCAUUGUGAACAACAGCUACUGCUCAGGGGGCUCCAGCCUGGAAGCCAGCCGCCACCUCAGCCGGAGCAACAUUGACAUCCCUCGCAGCAACGGGGAGGAGUCCAGGAAGCAGCUGCCGCGGAAGAGGAGCGACUCAUCGACUUACGAAGUGGACACCAUCAAGCAGCACCAGGCCUUCCUCUCCAGAAAUAGUUUACAUUCUAGCGCUCUAAAAAACUAUGCGGGAUCAAGGACAUCAAGCAGUUCCACUGUGCUGGAUGGAGGAAAUCUUGGAAAAUUUGAGUUUGAGAUCACAGACUUCUUCCUGUUUGGAUCUCCUUUGGGGCUGGUCCUCGCAUUGCGAAAAACCGUCAUUCCAACUCUUGACAUCUUCCAGUUGAGACCAGCCUGUCAGCAAGUCUAUAACCUGUUCCACCCUGCAGACCCUUCAGCCUCACGCUUGGAACCUCUUCUGGAAAAGAAGUUCCACAUUUUACCACCCUUUAAUGUCCCACGCUACCAGAGGUUUCCUCUUGGGGAUGGCAAUUCAGCCCUCCUGGUUGAAACAGUCCAGAGCAAUCCUGUCCUCCUCGUAGAAAGCAGCCCACUGGUUGCUCUCCAGAACCACGACAGCUUCAUGGAAACCAGUAUCCCUGUUCCCAUCCUGAAUUGGCAAGAUAUUUCCAGUAAAAAUUCUGGAUUUGCUGAGUCGGAUGUUGUUCAGUCUCAUGGUGGCGUCUUCAUGGAAAGUGCAUCCCCUUCGGCUCCCAUUUCAGCCCCCCAAUUCAGGGGCUUCCGGAGAGCCAGCGAGGCCAGCAUUGCAAGCCAGGUCUCGGGAAUGGCAGACAGUUACACUGCUUCCAACAUAGCCAACAAAAACAAACACCAUCUCACCCAUUCCAGGGGGUUUAGCCUUCUAGCCCUGCUUGCCCUCCCACACAAGGCCCCCACCCAACCCUCACCCAAAAGGCAUAGGGCACCUAAACAUGAAAUUUCCCAGAACCCCUUAGGAAGAAGGGUUGGGAGCUCCUCCCAUUGGGAAGUGGAUGCCAUACGACAGAUCCCGGACCUGGACAUCGACAAAGUUGCUGCCAAAUGGUGGGGAACGAAAAGAAUAGACUAUGCUCUCUAUUGCCCCGAUGCCCUCACCGCCUUCCCUACGGUGGCCUUACCACACCUCUUCCAUGCAAGCUACUGGGAGUCAACAGAUGUGGUUUCUUUCCUCCUCAGGCAGGUGAUGAGGCACGAGAACGCCAGCAUCCUGGAGCUGGAUGGGAAGGAGGUCUCUGUCUUUACUCCUUCUAAGCCCAGGGAGAAAUGGCUUCGCAAGAGGACCCACGUGAAGCUAAGGAACGUCACAGCCAAUCACCGAAUAAAUGAUGCUAUUGCCAAUGAGGAUGGACCCCAGAUGUUAGCUGGAAGGUUUAUGUAUGGCCCAUUGGACAUGGUCACACUCACAGGAGAAAAGGUGGAUAUUCAUAUCAUGACACAACCCCCAUCAGGAGAAUGGGCUUACUUUGACACAGAGGUCACCAACAGCAGUGGUAGGAUUUCCUACAUUAUCCCCAAAAACAAGCGGCUGGGCAUUGGCGUGUAUCCUGUCAAGAUGGUGGUCAGAGGCGACCACACGUAUGCCGACAGCUACAUCACUGUUCUGCCCAGGGGGACGGAGUUUGUGGUCUUCAGCAUUGACGGUUCCUUUGCAGCCAGUGUUUCAAUCAUGGGCAGUGACCCCAAAGUCAGAGCUGGAGCAGUUGAUGUAGUACGGCACUGGCAAGACCUUGGCUACCUCAUUAUCUACGUCACGGGCCGGCCUGACAUGCAGAAGCAACGGGUGGUUGCCUGGUUAGCACAGCACAACUUCCCCCAUGGGAUCGUCUCGUUCUGCGAUGGUCUGGUUCACGACCCACUGCGGCACAAGGCCAACUUCCUGAAGUCCCUACUCACAGACCUCGACAUGAAGAUCCAUGCAGCCUAUGGAUCCACCAAGGAUGUCUCAGUCUACACCUCCAUCAGCCUGCCGCCUAUGCAGAUCUACAUUGUUGGGCGGCCAACCAAGAAGUUACAGAACCAUUGUCAGUUCAUUACUGAGGGAUACGCAGCCCACCUGGCCCAGCUGGAAUACACCCAUCGCUCCCGCCCUGCCAAGAACACCACCCGGAUGGCUCUUCGGAAAGGCAGCUUUGGCCUCCCGGGCCAAACGGAAUUUCUGCGCAAGAGGAACCACUUGCUGCGCACCAUAUCCUCUCAGCCGCCAAGUGGAAGCAGUGGCUACAGGCCGGAGCGAACCCAGAGUCAGUCAGAGAGUGACCGGGAGAGGGAGAGGGAGCGCAGCCAGAGGAGCAUGAGCCUUGCCACAGGGUGCUGGGGCCGGAGCACAGCCUCCAGACUGGAGCCUGGGGGGCUGGGGCAGAAGUAGAGCAGCCAGAAGGCAGCAGGAGGAGGCAAUCGUGCAUGGCGGCAGCAGAAGAAGAAGUGAAACAACUGAGGCCUAUGGUGUGGGGUAGUGGGGCAAACAUGGUGCUACUCAUUGCCAGAGAGGUGGUCAUAACUUUAUGAGGCGAUAACAGGCUGGUUUCCCCCCCCCCUCCAUGCAAAACAUACAGGCCUUGGUGACGGGGGCACUGGGUUUUUGCAGAGCACUGUGCAAAGGGGAACAAGAAAACUGCCUUUUCAAGCAGGAAGGGGAAGAUGAAUACUUUGGCAGCUUCUGGGUGCAGCUUUUUCCUGCCCCCCCCCCUUUCUUACCCAGGUUUGGUGAUUGUAAAUAUGUGCCUCCUCAGCUUCUUAGCCAUCAGUCAAAGAUGCAACGGAGCGAGCGAGCGAGCGUCCCAGUGCCGUGUGCGGGCAGAACUGGAGGAGCCAGGCAGGGGAGCCACGACUGUGGGUUUGUUCUGCUGUCUGAAGUGAAGGGAUCCACAUGCUGCCACCACUUUGAAAUAAGUUGCUCCACUUCUGGAAUCUGGAGAGACUCGGGUUGGAGACAGGGAAGAGUUCAAGACAAGCAAAGGAUGCUUAGAACACACUCCCAUUCUGCUAGGAAGCAAAGUCAUGUUGCCAAUGGCUAAUUCAAGGCACCUUUGGUGCGAGAAGCAUGGGAUCCGAUUAGCAGUUUGUUUUAUUUGGGUACAAUUUCCUAUGAUUAUUUUUAAGUGAAUAUCUUAAAAAAAGGAGGGAAAACAAAAACCAGAUUUUGGAAACUGGUGGAUUGUACUAAUGCAGAGAAAGGAUUUUAUCUGCUGCUUUCUGCUCCUUGGUGUGUGAGGGAGUGGGCAGGGUGAAAGAAGUCGGGCAGUUGUCCAGUUGCUACUUUCUACUUUUGGAAAGUACCAACAGUUAGUUUCAAGCAUCUAGGAAACAAAAUAGCAGAGUGCUAUUUUUGCUCAGCCUAAAAAAAGCGAAGUCCAAAUUCUUCCCCACUCCGCCCACUUCUUUUCUGCCUCUUGACCCUCUUCAGAAGGGAGUCCGUCCUUCUUUCCAACUUUUGCAAUGGCUUUCAGCGGAGGAUGUAAAUUUUGCUUUUCUUUUUAACUAUAGUUAUGCAACUGUAAAACCUCAUUGUUUUUA